AUGAAACCCGGCACGAUUGUUGCCACGAUGCCUGCACGCUCUGGGGGCGACAUCCUCUUCGCUUCGAAGCUUGGGGACAAGGCCAAGGACAUGGUCUUCUGUGGCUUCGAGACCCUGCCCUGGGCCUGCCGAUUUACGGAAUGGGGCAAGAAGGCGACAGUCCUUGGCACCAAGAACAACAUCCUCGCAGCGGUGACGCCUGCAUCGGCCACGAAGGCCUUGGCCAAACUGCAAGGACUCUUGGGGGUGAACCCCUUGGUACAAGAAAGCCCCAACAACCUCGGCAUCAGCCUGCGGAACCCUGGCAUGAUCGUGCACCCGGGGGUGAUGUACGGGCGCUGGAGCUCGGAGGCCUGGGACGGGCAGCCCAAGGACGAAGCACCGCUCUUCUACCAGGGAGUCGACGAGUUCACAGAGAAGGUACUUCUUGGAAUGACGGAUGAGGUGCAGCUCGUGUGCCGCAAGAUGGAGGAAGUGGCCAUGGUGGACAUGAAGGAUGCCUGCACGUUGAAACAGUGGUACCUCGAUUGUUAUGAUGGGCAGAUGAAAGACACUUCCUCGCUCAAGGCCUGCAUGAACACCAAUGCCGCCUACGACGGCCUCAAGCAUCCCUGCAAGGAGGUGGACGGCAAGUUCAUGCCAGAUCUGAAGUACCGCUACCUCGCAGAGGACAUCCCUACCGGGCUUUGCUUCGCAAAAGGUUUAGCUGAGAUCUUGGGCUUGGACACACCGACCAUUGACAAGGUGAUGAAGUGGGGACAGGAGUGCAUCGGCCUGGAGAUCUUAGGUCCAGAGGGCAAGAUGACGGGCAAGGACUUGGACAAGACAAGGGCUCCGCAGGGGAUGGGCAUCACCACGCUGGAAGCCUUCUUGGCGGCCUCCAAGAUUGAAGCCAAGUGA